AUGGUCGGCAUUAAGUGUAGGAACCGCCGAAAGGCCCGUCGCGCACACUUCCAAGCGCCCAGUCAUGUCCGCCGCAUCCUCAUGAGUGCCCCACUCUCUAAGGAGCUACGCGCCAAGUACAACGUGCGCUCGAUGCCUGUGCGUAAAGACGACGAGGUGCGUGUUAAGCGUGGGAAAUUCAAGGGCCGUGAGGGCAGAGUCACCGCAUGCUACCGCCUCAAGUGGGUUAUUCACAUUGACAAGGUGAGUUGCGAGAAGGCGAAUGGCACCACUGUUCCCGUCGGUGUACACACCUCCAACGUGGAGAUCACGAAACUGAAGCUCAACACCAGGCGGAAGGCAAUCCUCGAGCGCAAGGACCGCAGCACAAAGGCCGACAAAUCGAAGGGUAAAGUUACCGCCGCUGAGAAGGCCAUGCAGCAAAUGGACUAA